AUGAGAGCUUCAGCAGCGUCCUUGACGACCUGCACGAUCUCGCUGGAAUUCGUCUCGUUGUUGACUAUCCCCACGAUCUUGAAACGGCCUCUUUAUUCGUCACCGAGUCCUUUCACAAGAACAAGGAAGCCCAAUAUUUUUGCUGCGAAGCGCGAAGUUGGUCGAUCAUGGAAAGUCUGGUUUGGAGCAUACGAAUGUACGAAUCAUCACGUCACGACAGAAUACGAAGAAGACAACCCGCUCCACUUUUACAAUGAUGUGAUCUUCGAGAUUCAAGUAACAAGCCUUCCUGCCAGCUUGUAUAACAAAAUUGCCCAUCCUUUGUUUUAUAAGGACGAAGUCGGGCCACUGUCACGCGGUGACGAGAUUGUGAUUGAUCUUACCAAAGGCCUUGCGCUUUGCUAUUCGCUUUGUCUGUACUACAAGGCAGAGAAAUUGGAAGAGAGACAGAUAGAUCUCAUGAGGAAGGCAUCUUCUGGAAUCAAUGCCAAUUCGAACAUCAACAGCCUGGAGAUCCGAGAGAUUAACCAGCCUCCAAUCAAUCUCCCAACUGCUGGUAAGGCACGCUUUGAUAGCGAUGACGUUCAUACAAGCCCAAGGUGCCUGGAGGGCACCCAGGCGACUGUACGGUGCCACAUUCACGAUUGGAUUAAUGACUAUCAAGACCAGACAACCUUACUCUGGAUUCAUAGCCCGGCAGAAACUGGCAAAUCAACUUUGGCUCGGACAUUGGCCGAUGAGUUGAUCAAUUCCGGUCAGAUUGCGGCUGGUUACUUCUUCAAACGAGGAGAUAUGGAGCGGAACAAUACGUCUCGAAUAUUCUCUACCAUCGCAAGCCAGCUCAUGUCAACAACUCCCCACUUUGAAUCCUCUUUGCAAAAGUCAUUGACAGCAUCUCGGAAUCCCGACAUUGAGAGCAUGCGCCUUGACCAACAGUUCAGUGUCCUUCUGGAGGCCCCUUUGUCAGAAUUGCAUCUGGUCUCAACUACCAAGCUUAUCAUAAUCGAUGCACUCGAUGAGUGCACUAACCCGGAUCGAACAACUGAGAUAAUUGGUCUCCUCCACCGACAGCAUACUCUCUCGCUGGCAUGCAUCAAGGUGGAUAGCUGCCGUAAGGGCAACUGAAUACCUUAUUGGUGAUGAUAGCUUCACUGACAUGUACAUCUGGAAUUAUCGAACUGGAGAAACGUUCCAUUUGUUAAGAUUCAGGCAAGGAAUCGUCCACAGCCUGACUAUUUCACCACACGGUUCUCAAGUCGCUAUUGCGCUAAUGGAUUGGAAUUUACGCCCGCCAAAACGAUCUAUUCAAUUGAUAGAUAUCAGGACCAGCUCAUGCGU